GCUUUCUAGAUGUCAUGUUCGAUUUCAGAUUUGAAUAUGCUGUUGAGACAUCCCUCUAGACACCUUAUAAUAUAUUAUAUUUCACCAUGUGUUUGACAUCAAGAGCCAUAUACAUCAAAGAAAAGUCUUAACAAUAUUAAAAAUGAAAAUUUCAAAUAUUUGACCUUUAAAUUAAUAUACAUCUGAAACAUAGCUAUUAGCUAUGAAAAUGCAAAAUAGUGUCAGUCUAGCCCUAGGCUCCUACCAAAGAAUAAGAAAUCUUCUUGUUUCUUUAUAUAUUAGCUCACCAAAUACAAAUCACUGUUAUGCUGUUAUAUAUCAUGUACAAUUAUAUCAUAUAUGAGACAAUUAAUUCAAUAUACUUAUAGAGCCUUGAGAUUUAAGUUGUAUCUUUCAGUUUUCUUAGGACUACCAAGUACCAAAAGACUAUCUUGUAAGGCUUUCCUUGAACUUUCCAAGGUUGACUAAAAGAAAAUUGCAGAAUUCAUCACCUCAUAAAUUCUGAGUCCAAUGAUUCAGAAAAGUGCAAAUCUUUUCUUACCAAAGAACAAAAGGCUUUCCAAUGAUUCUGAGUCCAAUAACGCGUAUGUUUGGGAGAGCUUCCAGCAUGCUUCCGAUUCUUGGUUAGAGUAUAUGAAGAUUGGAACAGAUUUGAGUAGGAAUGACAAUAAUUUACUGACAUCAUGGACAAGUCCUGAUGAUCCAGCACCUGGAAGUUUCACCUUCACCAUUGAGCCUUUAGACAUUCCUCAGUCGUUUAUUUGGAAGGAUGGAAAUUCUUACUGGCGCACUGGUCCAUGGAAUCGUCAGAAAUACACAGGGGUUCAGAACAUGAGCUCUGACUAUGGUUAUGGAGUUAAGGGAGUCUAGAGGCGAAGGAGUGGUCUGAUGAGAAGAAAGGAUGGGACACAACAUGGUCAUCAACAAGUAGCGAGUGUGAAAGGUAUGGUAAGUGUGGACCAUUCGGAAGCUGUGAUGCUCAACACAGGCCCAUAUGUUC